AUGGGACCGUUAAAGGGUGUUGUGCAUCAACAUCAUCUGCUACACCCCAUCCUCAAUGACACGGAUGUGACGAUGACUACCAACCUCAAGGUUGGCCAAUCGGUGACGGCGAGGGUACUCGCAAUACUGGCAGACCCGUCGUCGCACACAAGGGCGGUGUACUUGACGUUGUUGCCUAACCUCGUACAGUGGAAGGGUAUUAAGAGCCAAGUAGAGGCUGGCACGACCAUUGAGGCGGCUAGGGUUAUAGAUGUGAUCCCGAAGGACUGCACGCGGUUCGUUGCAGGAGGGAAUCUCAUGGUUGCUCAUGCUACUCGAUGCAGUCUGCCAUAUAGGCAGCCCGGCGCUGUCGGGAAGAAGACUGAUGUCAGGGCUCUGGGGAGUAAUCUUCUAGAGAUGUCUGUACAGGUCAGCGCGGAGGAGAAGGUCCUGGCAGCCUCUGUAGUGAAUCUUCAACAAGUUUCGGCUGGUAUGGUAUUCGAUAAAGCAGUGAUUGAGCACUUCGACAACGAGAAGGGCCUCAUCGUCAGCCUCAGUGAUUUCGUUACUGGAAGGGUUCCGAAGGAGCAAUGCACCGACCAGGGUAAUCAGAGGAAGCUUCCUAAAAGAUAUGCGGAGGAGAAGGCGGAGAUCCGCGUCAGGGUUCUCAAUGUGGACCCUGUGAGGCGACAGGUUACCCUCACAGCUAAGAAGUCCCUUGUCGGUCGACCGGAUGAGGAGGCGCCGAGAGCCCUCAUCAGAAACGCUGAUGCGAGCGUGGGGGAUGUUGUAGUCGGGUACGUGAGUAAGAUACUUGACCAUGGUGGCUGCAUAGUGAAGUUCUUUGGUGAGGCAUUCGGCUUGCUACCUAUUGUCACGGAGGGCUGUGCUCACGAAGGAGCUCUUGUGAAGGUGAGGGUUGUGAGUAAGAACGACUCACCUAAGGGAACUAGGCUGAGGCUACAGCAAGUGAACAGUAUGGAAGAUUCUACAAUGGGAGAGAUUACUAAGGUUGGCGAUGUCCUGGCAGUUGAGACCAUUGAGGGAGCGGACAAGUGCAGUGGUGGUCGACAGUGUGUAAAGAUCCGAUGUGUGGGAGGUAUGGACGUGUUAGUUCCAGUGAUGCAGUUGGCAGACGAUCCUGAUAUGGCAGUGGCUGUGAUGGAGCGUGUUGAGAAAAAGGAAGAUUUGCAACAUUUCCCGCUCGCCAAGGUUCUAGUGACUGCUGUUAUGAACGAUGGUACGGUAGAGGGUACGUGUAAGCCGGUACUGGUCGAAGACGAGAAGUAUAGGGAGCUCCUUGGCAUCAGUCAGGAGGAGAUACCCUCGAAGAUUAAGGUGGGGGAAGGCCUUGUUGGUUUCGUGUCUAACGUGACCACCUUCGGUGCAUUUGUUCGUGUCGGUGGGGUUACUGGUCUGGUACCGAAACCCAAGCUGGCAGAAGGCUUCGUUGAGGAGGUUUCUGAGGCGGUUGAGGUUGGCCAGACGGUCACUACUGCAGUGGUGUCGUCGGUUGAUGCUGAGAGGAAUAUGUUCAAGAUGGAUAUGCAACCUCGCGCGGUGGCGGCGGUCAGCGAAUUAUCAGCUCGGGAGGAGCUCAGGGCUGCGGCGAAGUUGAGGCUUGAGAAGUGGUUGGGGAGUGGUAGGAUACCCCAGAGGGGACAGGUGGUCGAUGCCAAGGUUGGCAAGAAGAAACCCUAUGGAUGGAUGCUUGAAUUGACUAAGUUCGAGGCUGCUGCUGGACUGUUAUUGAAAAUGGGAGUUGGGGAGUUGGAGAGUGGCAGUGAUGUGAAGGUUAAGGUUGUUGACGUUGACGUCGUGAGAUCUGUUGUGUACGCGUGCAAGAUUGGAGAAGAGGCUAAAGCAGGUGGCAAGAGGAAGCACAGCGAGGGAGGUUCUGAAGUUGAGGGGAAGGUUAUGUCUACUAGGGCUGGGUAUACUACAGUGCUUACAAGCUCGGGAGGGAUCUUGUUGGUCACUAGUGGGCCGAGAAGCCUUAAUGUGGAAGAUGCGGUUAAGGUUAGGACGGCCUCUGAGGAAGGGGUUGGUGUACUUGUUGAUGAAAAACCAAAGGCUAAGAAGGCUCGCAAGACGCCGGGUGAAGGAGGGAACUUCGCAGCAGACGUGUCUGUUGUUGAGGAUGUUGAGGAAUUGGUUGAAGGGAAGGAAUUGUCUAUGGAGGUGUCUAAGGGGAACGUUGUUGGUCACACUUCGACUCGAGUGAUUAUGGUCGCUGCACCUAAUAUCCGGGCUACAAUGCAUGUGGCUCAUUGUCGUCCUGGUGUGGAAGGAGGCAAGCUGGCCAAAGAGUACCCUGUUGGUUCGGUUGUUUCUGUGCGAGUGGUGGGUUCAUCCCAUGUGACGGCCUUCUCGGCUAGUGGUGCCAAUCAGUGGAACAUCAGCGUUAGAGAUCCGAAGAAGGAUAAGGAAGAUUGCAAGUUGUACAAGUGGAAUGCAGCUUCCCUUUGUGCGGCCCCUUUGGUUGGUUGCGCCGUCUCUUCGGUGAACGACGAUGAGAUGUUCAUCAUGGUCGACAUUCCUGGGGUGGAGAUGAGCUCACAUACGCAGUUGGAGGCUGGCAAGUUGGGCAAUAUGACUAAGGCGCAGAAGGCUAAAUUUUUCCGCCAGCAUCUUGGUGACCAUGACGAUACCUCCAGCAACUACUGCAAGGUGAUGCUGGGCAAGUUGCGUGCGGUGGACCUGCCCAAAGCUGUGGAGGAGUAUAAGCCUGGACAUCUGCUAAGUGAUGAGGAAGUGAGGGCCUUCGAAGUGGUCACUAAGAAGAAGAUAGAGCUCACUGCUGUGGAGGAGGUGAAGGAGGGUUCUGUGGUUACUACCGCUCGAGUGUCCAGCCAUAAGUCGGCUGCGAUCCAGCGUAUAGUGGAGCUCCCUGGUGGUCAUAAGGGGAGGCUUCAUGCUACUAUGGCAUGUGAUGAUUGGAGGGCAAAUCCUUUGUCUCCGCUGACACCGGGAAUGCUAGCACCGGCGUUAGUGGUGGUCAGCCUCGGUAGUGGCCGUACGCCUACUGAGCUCUGCCUCAAAUCGAUCAGCCGGGCUCAUGUGAAGGGUCUUCCUAAGGGAGCCAAAGACCUCAAGGAAGGAGGGAAGGUCUCUGGAUAUGUAGCUAGCGUGAGCUCUUCGGGAGUCUUCGUCGCACUUUCACCGUGGCUGACCGGCCGUGUUUUGCUCGGCAACGUCGCGGAGCAUCCGGUCACUCCUGAGGAAGCUGGCAAAUUAUAUCCUGUGGGUACCUCUGUGAAGGACAUAGCAAUUACUUCAGUGGACGUGACGAAGAACAGGGUUGGUCUCGCAAUUGUGAACAAAAGGAUAAGAGUCAGAUAA